AUGAAUGUAACGAAUAAUGGUUACUACACCUCGGAUUAUUUAAACGAAGUGGUCCGCAAGAGACCUGCAAAACCGGUUAUAGUAGCUGAGCCUAUUUCCCCGGAUUCAGUUCCAAGAUCGUUUUCCGGUUCUUCUCCAUAUUCGUAUUCCGGGUCUUCACCGAUGCUGAGCAUACCUGGGCGAAGCCCCACGUCUUCAAGAAUGUCGGAAGUAGACAUGGUAUCCACAGAUGAAAUAUCAAUGGACGAUCCUGACCGAUUGGCUCAGGGCAUCACGCCAGCACAACUAUACUAUUUACAACGAAGACCAGAUCGGGAAGAUCCAAGACAGAGAGAGAGGCAGAAACAAAAGUACAGUGACUACUAUAUCCAGCAAAAACGUCGGCAUGACGAGUCAGAUUAUAAGCCCAAAUUGUACACCCACAAGACAUUUCGAGAUGUGUUCAAAGAUAUUGAAGAACCGACCGAAAAGUACAAUCCCAUGGAAUUUGUGUUUGACGACCCCGAACUCGUACGGGAGCGUGAACAGAACCAAAAAGUGAAGCGGGCCUUCAAAACGGUACUGAAGUUCAUGGGAAAGGACUACUAUGAUGAUUACGACUACUACCAGGCUGAGCCCACCAAAGAUAAAAAGAGCCCUCAGAAGCCAGUUAACGAGGUGUACGUUGCUAACUUUAGCGACAGCAGCGAUAACGAAGAAGACGAAGUAGAAUUUCCCGAAAAUAACUUGAAGACAAAGGUGUAUGUGAAUGCGGCAGAGGAACAGCAUCUCAAGAAGAACAAAAAGUUUAGCAAAAUCUGGAAACGCAGGUUGAAGAAGGCGAAGAAGGAGAUACGGAAGGACUACGAGAACAACAUAAAUCAGCAGCGAGACCCACUGAACCAACUGCAUAGGGACCAACUGAUCAAAGAACUGACUAAAGACCAGGCGGAAACUAUCGUGCCGGAAGAAGAGGAGAUGGUUGAGUCAAAAUCUGUGGUACCCGUGGCACAAGAACCGCCGAAGUUCAGCGCUGGUCAGAAUGAAAAUUUCCAUCCUCUUUGGAACUAUGUUCUUUCUUGGCUUGCGUACGAACCAGCGGUACCCCUGGUACCGGCCCCAGUGGAACCGUCUAAUGUUCCUGCUACAUCUGUAGCUCCGCUGGUCAAAGUUGCAUCUGAAAAAUCCCUUGUGCCCAAAACGCUGAAAGCACUCAAACCGGUACGGCUCAAAAACAUGAAUAUGAUGCCGGCGUUGGUCAACAUGAAACAAAACUACAAGCAGCUAGCAUCCAAAUGGAACCAGCCUGUUCGCCAAAAGAAAAUAACCGACAUAGACAGCUUCAACACUGCACCACCUCAACCUCGUUCAGAUGGUAUUUCCGAUGAGUUUGUCGUGGAGGUCGACAGCGACUACGACGAGUCUACUAUCACCACAGAGCUCUACUACAAUCCUGUCACGAAACAAUUAGAACAUGAGCCUCCAACAUCGGCAUCUGCUCUCAGUCUGGGUGCCGCUGCACUCACCAAAUUCUUCCUGUUUUCGCCUCCAGAAAACACCCUUGUGGCCGCUCCGACUGACUCGUCUCCUGUGCAAAUUGUCUCGAACAUCAAUUCACUUCUUAAGCAUAUAAAGCUAUUACGAAUGAUAUUUGCACCCAUUGAUAUCAUCGCAGAGAAUUUUCCGAGCUUACAAACUUUUGUCAUUCUUAUCGAAUUGGCAAUUUUUAUGUGGCUUCUCUACGAGUUGAGCUUGCUCAUAGAUGCCCUCUGCAUGAUGGUCAAGGCGGUAUGUGCCCCCAUGAUUGCCAUGGGUCGGUUUAUGAACAGAAUCAUGUAA